CAACAUUUUGUUGAUAACGUCACUAGAGCGUUUAGAGGCCCGUCACGAUGUUGAAGUUGAUUUGUGUCGUCGCUGUGGUCGGUUGUUCUGUCGCGGAGAAGCGGUGCCCACCCAAGUCAUGGCGUGCAGAAGAAGUAUUCCUUGGCUUGUAUCUUCCCAAAGUUGACAACGUGUACCAGCCGCGAAAGGAAGGGGACCACAGCCUGGUGUACUAUGACGCUGACAACAAAAGGUCCGCCAUCAUCUCGAAUUUCACUGUUGGCUCAAAGACAGGGGAUAACAAAUUCAUCUUCGACUACACUGCACUAUGGGGCAUCGUCAAUACGGCACGGGUAUCUAUGGGCUACGGUCGUCCAUCCCCCGUGAAUAUAUACGCCCGCUUUGCCGUGAAGUGA